UCGCGAGAAGACAGACCGAGACUUGGCUGCUUCCUGUCCUGCAUGAAAGCUGAGCAACACACCAGCAUCCUGAAACUAUAUUUAUUUAGCAUUAAAACGGCCUCCUACAGUCAACUGUUUGUAAGCUGCGCGCGACGCACUUUAUUGUCGCGUUAUAAGAGAGCUAACAAGUGUUCUCGCAGUUGUUUUAUUCUGUGUUCAAAACAGAACAAGCAGAGCAAACUCACGGCACAGGCGCUCCAGUCACGGCUGUCAAUGUCGUCGAAACUCGAGAAACCAGUCACUAGGAAAAUUAAGCCUGUAGAAGACAGCUACUGGAGACUGAAUUAUGUCACUGGGAGCCUGUUCUCCUGCCCUAAGGACGACGCUUUGGCUCACUGCAUCAGUGAGGACUGCCGCAUGGGGGCAGGAAUAGCAGUGAUGUUCAAGAAGGAGUUCAAAGGGGUAGAGGAGUUAAAGGAACAGAAAAAACUGACAGGAGAGUGUGCUGUACUAAAAAGAGACAGACGUUAUGUCUACUAUCUGAUCACAAAGAAAAAAGCCACCCAAAAACCAACCUAUGACACCCUGACAAGAAGCCUGGAGGACAUGAGGACACACUGUGUAGAGCACAGAGUAACAAGAGUGUCAAUGCCUCGUAUUGGUUGCGGCCUGGAUAAACUGCAGUGGAACAGAGUGGCAGAGAUACUGGAACAGGUCUUCCAACACACAAACAUCUCCAUCACAGUCUACAGCCUCCCUGAGAAAGCAGAGACCACAGUGAUGAAGGAAAACAUGCGCAGAUGAUUGAUAAAAGUUUGUUUAUUGUGAUUAUAAGUUUAUGCACUUUUCUGUAUUGAUCCCAUAUGCAUUUCUUGAAAAUAAAUUUUGUUUUUUGCACAUCA